UCCAAUUGUGGCAUGGUUGAAUAACAUUGGCAACAACCAGUUGCUGUAAACGUGAAGGAACAAGCAGCCACGAGGUGACACGUGCCCUGUGCAUGCUAUACGUACUUUGACUGCAUUCCACAGUAAGAUUCAACUCAGGUUCGUCCAGAUUCUAGGGAGAACCUUUGGCCCUGCAAAUGCCAUCUCAGCAUUACACGCUUGCACGUCAAAAUUUCUUCCACCUCAAAAAUUCCCAAGAUUUUUUUUAUAUGCUCCCAAAAAAUCUAACCCUGAUAAUUUCUAUUGGUUACUUCUCUCUGUUUCUCCCUAUUCCUUUUACGUCUGUAUCACCACAAGUUGAGCUCAAACCAAAACAAAGCAUUGAGCUUUGAGUUUCACGUUCAAUGGCUCAGUUGCUGUCCCCUGUUUUCUCUGAAGCUCUUAAGUUGCAGAAUCCUUUACUACUACCGAGCCCAUGGCGCGUGUUGGCUAGGACGGGUAAUAUUAACAGCUUGAGUUUGAUGGGUCAUGCUGGGAAGCGUAGAGCCUGUGGCAGAGUUAGAGUAGCAACUGAGGGCUCUACUUCGGUUGACGCUUCGGCUGAUGACUAUUAUUCUGUCUUGGGUUUGCUUCCAGAUGCCACACCAGCACAGAUCAAGAAAGCCUAUUACAAUUGUAUGAAGGCUUGUCAUCCUGACUUGAGUGGUGAUGAUCCGGAGACAACGAAUUUCUGUAUGUUCAUCAAUGAGGUCUAUGAGGUGCUCAGUGACCCUGUGCAGCGAAUGGUUUAUGAUGAAAUUCAUGGUUAUGCGUUGACGGCAAUCAAUCCUUUUGUAGAUAACACUACUCCAAAGGAUCACACAUUCGUUGAUGAGUUUAGCUGCAUAGGCUGCAAAAACUGUGCCAACGUGGCUCCAGAUGUCUUUGCAAUCGAAGAAGACUUUGGAAGAGCCAGAGUAUACAGUCAGUGUGGCAAUCAAGAUUUAGUUCAACAAGCUAUUGAUAGUUGCCCUGUUGAUUGCAUCCAUUGGACUUCUGCUGCACAACUAUCAUUGCUUGAAGAUGAAAUGCGCAGAGUAGAAAGAGUAAACGUUGCACUGAUGCUUGCAGGUAUGGGCUCAGCAUCAGCGGAUGUUUUCAGAACAGCAAGUUCUCGAUGGCAAAGAAGGCAAGCAAAAGUCUUGGAAAAAGCGAAAGUGAGGAUGAGAAAGCAAAAAGAUUCAGACAAAACGGAAUCAUACUGGGAUAAUUUAUGGGGCCAACCAAAAGACUACCAGACUUCAGAGGAGGAAACAAAAGAAAGAGCAAAGAGAGCUGCCGCUGCAGCUAGAAGAUGGAGAGAGUACUCAAGGAGGGGUGCUGAUAAGCCUCCUAGCUAUAAACUUCCAGAGCAAAUCUCCAACAAUGAAAAUUGACCGCAUAAUUAGAUUUAAGGCCAUUAGUACGAAUAGGCAAUUGUACGUAAUUAAUUGAUCAUAUAUAUAGUCUACACCUCCUGUAAAUUUGUAAUCCUGUGAAACUUGAAGUCUUGAACAGACUGUAUAAUCAGUAUAUAUAGUUGCUACAAGAUUACCACACAAUGAUCUAUAAGUAAAACAGACUUGGAGAAAUACCAAGUGUCCUGUGUCUUAUGUUUAUUUGAAAACCAUUACUGUAAC